CACUCACUACUGUCUCAAGAACACACACUCUCUUUCUCUCUCUAUAUCUCUCUCUAUAGCUCUUCUCAUUAUGAGCGAUCUGAAAUCCAAGUUCCUCAAGGUUUACGACAUCCUCAAAUCGGACCUGCUAAAUGACCCUGCUUUCGAGUUCACCGAUGUUUCUCGUCAAUGGGUUGAGCGGAUGCUGGACUAUAAUGUGCCUGGAGGAAAGCUGAACAGAGGACUAUCUGUUAUUGACAGUUACAAACUUCUGAAAGAAGGGAAAGAACUGACAGAAGAUGAAAUUUUCCUUGCAUGUGCACUUGGAUGGUGUAUUGAAUGGCUUCAAGCUUAUUUUCUUGUUCUUGAUGAUAUUAUGGAUGGUUCUCACACACGCAGAGGACAACCAUGUUGGUUCAGAUUGCCCAAGGUCGGUUUGAUUGCAGCCAAUGAUGGUAUACUUCUGCGCAACCAUAUUCCACGCAUUUUGAAGAAACAUUUCAGAGGAAAGCCUUAUUAUGUGGAUCUGUUGGAUUUAUUCAACGAGGUUGAGUUCCAGACAGCUUGUGGACAGAUGAUUGACUUGAUUACCACUCUUGAAGGGGAGAAAGACUUGAACAAAUACUCAAUAGCUCUUCACCAUCGGAUUGUUCAGUACAAAACUGCUUACUAUUCGUUUUAUCUACCGGUGGCAUGUGCUUUACUGAUGAUGGGUGAGAACUUGGAGAAUUAUACAGAUGAGAAAAAUAUACUUAUUGAAAUGGGUACCUACUUUCAAGUACAGGAUGAUUAUCUUGAUUGUUUUGGUGCACCCGAGGUUAUUGGUAAGAUUGGAACUGAUAUUGCGGAUUAUAAGUGUUCUUGGCUGGUUGUGAAAGCAGUUGAACUUGCGAAUGAGGAACAGAAGAAAUUAUUAUUUGAGAACUAUGGUAAAGAGGACCCUGCCUGUGUUGCUAUAGUAAAGGAGUUGUACAACAGUCUCAAUCUUCAGGGUGUUUUCGAGGAAUACGAGAGCAAGAGUUACGAGAAACUUAUCAGCUCAAUCGAUGCUCAUCCUAGUAAAGCAGUACAAGGAGUCCUCAAGUCGUUCUUGGCGAAGAUAUACAAGAGGCAGAAAUGAUGAGAAAAUUACUGUAUGUUUUGUUUUUCAAGAAAUUUAUAUCCCUUUUGAGUGUCCUUUUAAUUAUAAUCUCGAGAGGGCGAAAUGUUGUAUGGGGGAUUGACCUGAAAAAACAUUUGAGUAGCGGAUUGUUUCAUCGUAUUAAGGUAUUUGAAUAAUAGCGAGAUCAUUUGCUUUGUUUGUAUUGUAUUUUAAGUCUGUUUUAUCAUUCUGUAAUGUCAAUACUAUCUUUUUGUGUCAAUUUGGCUU